GGGCCGGCUGAAGAGGGGGCGCGUGAGCCCGGCUGGUGCAAGACCCCGAGCGGGCACAUUAAGAGACCGAUGAACGCGUUCAUGGUGUGGUCACAACACGAGCGGCGGAAGAUCAUGCACCAGUGGCCCGACAUGCACAACGCCGAGAUCUCCCAGCGCCUGGGCCGCCGCUGGCAGCUGCUGCAGGACUCGGAGAAGAUCCCGUUCGUGCGGGAGGCGGAGCGGCUGCGCCUCAAGCACAUGGCGGAUUACCCGGACUACAAGUAC